AUGGACGCAAGCACUAUCCUUCAGUCCACAUCACAGUCUACAACAACAAUGGAACAAACAACAGCACAAUCAGUCACAUCUAUAAAUAUACUGAUUCCAAGCACUAAGCUUGAACCAUUAACAACUACAGAGGGGACAUCAACAACUUUAAUAACAACUGUACCAAAAGCAGAAGCAACCACGAUCACCGAAUCCACAACACAAGCAACAACAACCACAGAACCAACACCAACAGAAUCCACAACAGCAGAAUCAACUGGAUUAAUAACCACCAUAGCUUCAAACACAAAUGAGCAAACUCCAUCAACUACACCUACAACUAUUCCACCAACUACAAGUUUACUAUUGAAUGUGACCCCUACCACAGAAUCCACAUCAGCAGAAUCAACAACAGCAGAAUCAGCUGGAUUAACAAUUACCUUAACUCUAAGCACAACUGAAGCACCAACUACAAAGAAAACUCUAUCAAAUAUGCCCACAACUGUGCCACAAACUACAGCAGAAUCAACUGGAUUAACAAGUAACUUAGCUCCAAGCAGCACAACUGAAACAUCAACAACUACCGAGGAAACUCCUUCAACUCCACUUACAACUGUGCCCCCUACUACAAGUGGAAACAUGAAAGUGACCACUACUUCUGAAUCCACAAUGGAAAUUGCAACGACCAUAGAGACAACACCAGCAGAAUCAAUGACAGCAGAAUCAACCCAAUUGACAGUAGCUCCAAGCACUUCAACUGAAUCAAAAAGUACAGAGGAAAGUCAACUAACUAUACCAAUAACUGUGCCACAAUCUACAAGUAAAACAAUGGAAACAAGCCCUAUCCUUCAAUCCACAUCACAGGCUACAACAAUGAUGGAACAAACAACAGCACAAUCAGCCACAUCUAUGAAUAUACUGAUUCCAAGCACUAAGAUUGAACCAUUAACAGCUACAGAGGGGACACCUACAACUAUAAUAACAACUGUACCAAAAACAGAAGCAACCACGAUCACUGAAUCCACAACACAGGCAAGAACAACCACAGAAUCAACACCAACAGAAUCCACAACAGCAGAAUCAACUGGAUUAAUAACCACCAUAGCUUCAAACACAAAUGAGCAAACUACAUCAGCUACACUUACAACUAUUCCACCAACUACAACUUUAGUAUUGAAUUUGACCCCUACCACAGAAUCCACAUCAGCAGAAUCAACAACAGCAGAAUCAGCUGGAUUAACAAUUACCUUAACUUUAAGCACAACUGAAGCACCAACUACAAAGAAAACUCUAUCAAAUAUGCCCACAACUGUGCAACAAACUACAGCAGAAUCAACUGGAUUAACAAGUAACUUAGCUCCAAGCAGCACAACUGAAACAUCAACAACUACCGAGGAAACUCCUUCAACUCCACUUACAACUGUGCCCCCUACUACAAGUGGAAACAUGAAAGUGACCACUACUUCUGAAUCCACAAUGGAAAUUGCAACGACCAUAGAGACAACACCAGCAGAAUCAAUGACAGCAGAAUCAACCCAAUUGACAGUGACCCUAGCUCCAAGCACUUCAACUGAAUCAAAAAGUACAGAGGAAAGUCAACUAACUAUACCAAUAACUGUGCCACAAUCUACAAGUAAAACAAUGGAAACAAGCCCUAUCCUUCAAUCCACAUCACAGGCUACAACAAUGAUGGAACAAACAACAGCACAAUCAGCCACAUCUAUAAAUAUACUGAUUCCAAGCACUAAGAUUGAACCAUUAACAGCUACAGAGGGGACACCAACAACUAUAAUAACUGUACCAACAACAGAAGCAACCAUGAUCACUGAAUCCACAACACAGGCAACAACAACCACAGAAUCAACACCAACAGAAUCCACAACCGCAGAAUCAACUGGAUUAAUAACCACCAUAGCUUCAAACACAAAUGAGCAAAUUACAUCAGCUACACCUACAACUAUUCCACCAACUGCAACUUUAGUAUUGAAUGUGACCCCUACCACUGAAUCCACAUCAGCAGAAUCAACAACAGCAGAAUCAGCUGGAUUAACAUUUACCUUAACUUUAAGCACAACUGAAGCACCAACUACAGAGAAAACUCCAUCAACUACACCCACAACUGUGCCACAGACUGCAGCAGAAUCAACUGGAUUAACAAGUAAUUUAACUCCAAGCAUCACAACUGAAACAUCAACAACUGCCGAGGAAACUCCUUCAACUCCACUUACAACUGUGCCCCCUACUACAAGUGGAAACAUGAAAGUGACCACUACUUCUGAAUCCACAAUGGACAUUGGAAUAACCACGGAUACAACACCAGCAGAAUCAAUGACAGCAGAAUCAACUCAAUUAACAGUGACCUUAGUUCCAAGCAUUUCAACUGAAUCAAAAAGUACAGAGGAAAGUCAACUAACUAUACCGAUAACUGUGCCACAAUCUACAACUAAAACAAUGGAAGCAAGCCCUAUCCUUCAAUCCACAUCACAGGCUACAACAAUGAUGGAACAAACAACAGCACAAUCAGCCACAUCUAUAAAUAUACUGAUUCCAAGCACUAAGCUUGAACCAUUAACAACUACAGAGGGGACACCAACAACUAUAAUAACUGUACCAACAACAGAAGCAACCAUGAUCACUGAAUCCACAACACAGGCAACAACAACCACAGAAUCAUCACCAACAGAAUCCACAACAGCAGAAUCAACUGGAUUAAUAACCACCAUAGCUUCAAACACAAAUGAGCAAACUACAUCAGCUACACCUACAACUAUUCCACCAACUACAACUUUACUAUUGAAUGUGAUCCCUACCACAGAAUCCACAUCAGCAGAAUCAACAACAGCAGAAUCAGCUGGAUUAACAAUUACCUUAACUCUAAGCACAAAUGAAGCACCAACUACAAAGAAAACUCCAUCAACUACACCCACAACUGUGCCACAAGCUGGAGCAGAAUCAACUGGAUUAACAAGUAACUUAGCUCCAAGCAGCACAACUGAAACAUCAACAACUACUGAGGAAACUCCUUCAACUCCACUUACAACUGUGCCCCCUACUACAAGUGGAAACAUGAAAGUGACCACUAUUUCUGAAUCCACAAUGGAUGUUGGAACAACCAUGGACACAACACCAGCAGAAUCAAAUACAGCAGAAUCAACUCAAUUAACAGUGACCUUAGCUCCAAGCACUACAACUGAAUCAAAAAGUACAGGCGAAACUCAACGAACUGUACUGAUAACUAUGUCACAAACUACAGCAAAAAAUAUGGAAGCAAGCACUGUGCUUCAAUCCACACCACAGCCUACAACAACCACAGAAUCAACACCAACAGAAUCCACAACAGCAGCAUCAACUGGAUUAAUAACGACCAUAGCUUUAAACACAAAUGAGGAAACUCUAUCAACUACACCUACAACUGUGCCACCAACUACAACUCUAAUAUUGAAUAUGACCCCUACUCCUGAAUCCACAUCAGCAGAAUCAACAGCAGAAUCAACUGGAUUAACAAGUACCUUAGCUCCAAGUACCACAAAUGAAUCAUCAAUAACUACAGAGGAAACUCCUUCAACUCCACUUACAACUGUGUCCCCUACUAUAAAUAGAAAAAUGACAGUCACCACUACUACUGAAUCCACAAUGAAGGUUGUAACAACCACAGAGACAUCAACAGCUGAAGCAACACCAGCAGUAUCAUCAUCUACAAAGGAAUCCCCGUCACCUGAUCCCACAAUUCCACCAAAAACUCCAACUCAAACAAUGGAAGCAACCACUACAACUGAAUCCACAUCACAGGCUACAACAUCUAUGAAACAAACAACGGCACAAUCAGCCACAUCUAUAAAUAUACUGAUUCCGAGCACUAAGCUUGAAGCAUCAUCAACUAUAGAGGGGACACCAACAACUAAAGUAACUUCUGUACCAACAACAGAAGCAACCACUAUCACUGAAUUCACAACAGAGACUAGAACAACCACAGAAUCAACACCAACAGAUUCCACAACAGCAGAAUCAACUGGAUUAAUAACCACCAUAGCUUCAAACACAAAUGAGGAAACUCCAUCAACUACACCUACAACUACACCACCAACUACAACUUUACUAUUGAAUGUGACCCCUACCACUGAAUCCACAUCAGCAGAAUCAACAACAGCAGAAUCAACUGGAUUAACAAUUACCUUAACUCCAAGCACAACUGAAGCACCAACUACAAAGAAAACUCCAUCAACUACACCCACAACUGUGCCACAAACUACAACAGAAUCAACAGGAUUAACAAGUAACUUAGCUUCAAGCAGCACAACUGAAGCAUCAACAACUACAGAGCAAACUCCUUCAACUCCAUUUACAACUGUGCCCCCUACUACAAGUCGAAAAAUGAAAACAACCACUACUACUGAAUUCACAAUGGAGGUUACAACAACCACAGAGCCAUCAACAGCCAAAGCAACACCAGCAGUAUCAACAUCUACAAAGGAAUCCCCAUCACCUGGUCCUACAUUUCCACCAAAAACUCCAACUCGAACAAUGGAAACAACCACUACAACUGAAUCCACAUCACAGGCUACAACAUCUAUGAAACAAACAACAGCACAAUCAGCCACAUCUAUAAAUAUUCUGAUUCCAAGCACUAAGCUUGAAGCAUCAACAACUACAGUGGGGACACCAACAACUAAAGUAACUUCUGUACCAACAACAGAAGCAACCACUAUCACUGAAUCCACAACACAGCACAACUACAAUUAA